GGCGCUCAACCGAAGCGGUCGCAUCGUAGAGCCAUCCAUUGAGGUCUCUAAUUAAUUGAAAUCCCGAAACAAAAACAGAAAACCUAACCUGAAUCGAAGAGCGAUUGAUCAGCCGGCGGCUUACCUGUUCGGCCGAUAACGUAAAUUUGAAUUUGAGGGCGCCGAGUGCGGUUCGUCACAUCGCUAAAAAUACAAUCAAAUAAUAAUAAUAAACAGUGAUUCAAUUGCAAACAGUUUCUUCUGUUCAGCUGCUGCCAUAAAAGUGCACUCGACCCUCGACCCUUGACAAAGUUGCACAUUAAACAGGGUCCUGGCCCACUUUAGUGCUUCCAGUGGUUCAGUGGCUCGCUAAAUAAAAGUAACAAACAAACAAAAAAAAACAACAAUAAUAAAAUUACAAGUAGUAUAAAUAAUAACAACUUUCUGUGUCAAUAAAACAAUGCGAAAUAUUUUGAUGUGAAAGGAGAGCAGUAGGAGAAGGACCCUGCAGAAAAGCUAUUGCAUUAAGCACACAGAAAAAAAUCGAGUUUAAAAUCAACUUUUAAUUCAACAAAAGAAACCCGACCGAACGAGAAGCCAGGACAUCAAACAGCCAUUCGAUACAAUGACAACAGUUGGGCCGAGCCCGUGCCAUUGCCAGGACCUCAGCCAGAGCCAGGACCAGCCCCAGUUUCUGGGAUAUGUCCCCCGAUCCCCGAACAGGGCUUAGAGCGGCCAGACCGGACCACAAGUGCGUACCCAACAGGCCGAUCCAUGGCUGUCAACCUGCAGCUGAAUAAUUUAAGCGCCAUUUAUCCGUCGCUCAUGUAUGUGGCUGCCUCCUCGCUUGCCGCAGGCGGCAACUUGGGACAGCCGGAGAACAUAUCCAUCGUUUACGAGGACCUACUCGACGCGGCAAAUGGAACUGGGGGCGGUGGGCUGAAGGGCGUAAGCACAAACGAGACUACAGUGCCGCCCACCGACACUCCUAGCCCGUCCGUGACCACCUUUAAUUAUUAUAACGAAUCGGCGGCGGCCACGGAAUGGGCCCACUUCUACGACCUGGUGAUCUCCUGGCAGGGCAUCUGCCUGAUCGCUGUCUUCGCCACCUUUAUUGUGGUCACCGUCAUUGGCAACACCCUGGUGAUUUUGGCCAUUCUGACCACGCGUCGUCUGCGCACCAUUACCAACUGCUUCGUGAUGAGUUUGGCGGUGGCCGACCUCCUCGUCGGCAUAUUCGUGAUGCCCCCCGCCGUAGCCGUCCACCUCAUAGGCUCGUGGCAACUCGGGUGGGUGCUGUGCGAUAUUUGGAUCUCCCUCGACGUGCUCCUCUGCACGGCCUCGAUUCUCAGCCUCUGCGCCAUCAGUGUGGACAGAUACUUGGCCGUGACCAGGCCGCUCACGUACUCCCGUAAACGGCGCUCCAAACGCUUGGCUCUAAUCAUGAUCCUAAUCGUCUGGCUUCUGGCCCUUGCCAUCACCUGUCCACCCAUUUUGGGAUGGUACGAGCCGGGCCGGAGGGACCUGCGGGAGUGCCGCUACAACCAAAACGAGGGCUACGUCAUCUUCUCGGCCAUGGGCUCCUUUUUCAUACCAAUGGCAGUAAUGAUUUAUGUGUAUGCAAGAAUUUCCUGUGUCAUUGCAUCCAGGCACGACAAUAUGACCGACAUAAGUGUUCACAACAAGAAAUUCAAGCGCUACACGGCGGCGGACGUGGAGAACGAGCUGUCCGAGCAGGAGCUGCACAGCUCGGCGGGAGCCCAGCAGCAGCGGCAGAGGCAUGCCACGUCGCGCACCUUCUCCAACCAGACGAUAGCCAAGGAACUGCACGACAUGAUGCUCAGCGACAGCGAAACUUGUGCUCCGGGCGGCCCGGCCGGAGGUGGCGCCACCAGGGAGGCCCAUUGUCAGUCCCUGUUGGCAUUGCCUUCACCGGGGGCCGGUGGCGGCAGUUCUAGCGCCAAGAAUGGGUGCUACGAACUCACACGACCCUCCUCGCUGAAGCGCACUUCGACGGCCUCGACGACCAUUACCACAAUGACGAGUGGCACGGGACCCGGAGCCAGUCUUCUAGAUGCCCAGUGGCAGGCACAACAGCCCGGAGUCCGGCCCCACAGCUUCCGGCACUCACACGGUGAUAGGAGGAGCCAUCACCAUCCGCACUACCAUCCGCACCAGGGCGGGGGAACAGGUGGAGUCGUCAGCUCGGGCCCUACCACUGUCAACACCACCAGCAAUAAUACCAAAUCCCUGUCGAACCGGAUUACAUCGCUCAAGAAGGAGAACAAGACGACCCAGACCCUGAGCAUUGUGGUCGGAGGAUUCAUCGCCUGCUGGCUCCCGUUCUUUGUCAACUACUUGAUCACCCCCUUCCUGGCGGAGCACCAGGCCAGCCAGAUGCUGGCCAAGGCAUUAACCUGGCUCGGCUGGUUCAACAGUGCCAUCAAUCCGUUCAUCUACGCAUUCUACAGUGUUGAUUUCCGAGCCGCCUUCUGGCGACUCACCUGCAAGCGAUUCUUCAGUGCCGGACAGAAGCCACAGUUCCCCACAAACACCAUGUCCAUCCGGCGAUAGAGGGGCAGGACGAACUCCUUGCAGCAGCAACCCCUAGAUUAUAACACCCACACAACCUCGCACCCUCUCACGUCAAGCCCUGAACAAAUAGCAAGUGCAUAACAUAUUAUUAACUUAUUCAUUACCUUUAGGCGAGGUGUGGUCUCUAAUUGCACCUCAACGUCCACCUCCUCCAUUCCUCCAUUGAUCCAUGUGUAAUUGUUAUCCAAUUACUUUGUUAAUUUAUUUCAUCGUCAGGGUUUGCUUCCAAUUCUAGAUCGUAUUUUGUGGUUUAAAACGACGACUGGCCCCGCCAAGGGGCAACUCCACUGGUUUCGCUUUCAGUUCCUUAAUUUAAGCCAUUUGAGUGGGAUAAUUUGAUUACCUGGUUCUAUCUAUUUAUAGACUGUUUAUUUUGAGGUCUAACUUAGAGGUUGGCCUUUAAGAAAGAGCACUGGGAGGCUUCUGUCACUUCUCUUAACUUAAUUUCUUUCUUCCAAAUAUAAGCUGGUGAUUAAUAUAUAAUCUAAUUUAAUAAAGAGUAGGGGAAAAGAGAUAGGAUGAGCCUAUUUUAAAAUCAAAUACUCUCAAAAGCAAAGAAAGAUAUGGAAAAAUUAUCUUGAAAGAAAGUUUAAAUUAAAGAAAACCAACUGGCAGCAGAUGCUUAUGUAUGCAACUGCAGGCGCCGCUGCUUCAAGACAUUUUUUUAGACCGGAAUUUGCAUGCGGAACCCGCGUGGAAAAAUCUGAUACGCGGCCGCACGUAUCGAUUUAGUAAUUUCCGUGCGAAUUUCCGCUCGGCAGGCGGCGCCUCUCAACUUGCAACAUCGUCCCAGACCCGGCCACUGGCAUGUGCUGUUUUAGCAGUAGCACCGCUGUUGCUUUUGCCAAGCGAAUGCCAUAGACAGGUUAGAUGGAUGAGAAAACUUGCUUAUAUGGCCCGCCGAAAUUGCACACAUUUCUCAUACACUCUAAUAUUCUGGCGCGGCGCUUUACCUUUUCGGUGACCCCGACACCUGUCCGAAACUUUUCCUUUGGGCCAAAUUUACGAUGCGGCUCGCCCCUAUCAUAGUGCCCCUAAUAUUGUGCCAUAUAUAUCCAGACUCGCAUACCCUAUCUUUAUCGAGGCCAUAAAUAAGAGCGAUAUGAUGGAAUGAUUUACAUACUUAAUAGAGGAUAUGCGAAUCAAAGCCGAAAUCAGUGGAACCCCAAAUGGGCGGACUAAGUCGAUAGUUAGCUUUAAUCAGAUUUAUUGGAAUGCCAGUUAAAAGGAAAAAAAAAACAGUUACUGUGAUUUAGUUUAUAGUUGAAGUCGGAUUGGACUUCAAGCGUUUUCCCUUAGCCUUAAAGAGCAUAAAAAUAUAUUUAUAAAUGUAAACCCGAGUGUAACAAGGAGCGACUGUGAAUGUGAGCGAAUGGACGAGUAUGCGAGUGGGCGAGUGUUAACGAGCAGAGAAAAUGCCAUAAAAUUUAGGCGUAAUUUAUUCAGGCCAUCAAAAAAGCUUAGCUAACCCUAGGAGCCCUACUCGUAGCCUAGAAAUUCGUGUUGUUUGUACGAAGCAAUCUACUUUAAACUCUAAAUAUGUACACGACCCUCCACAUCCCCAUCUCCCGUAUUCACUUUCAUGAUAUCCUUGGUGUGAAGUCAUAAACGCAAUCAAGCAAUGCUACGACAUAGAGAUUAAGUCAGACGAAAGGCUCAUCAACAUACUGGAGGAGUACUGUAGCCGUCAGCUCCUUCCACUCCCAGUCACUUGCCUCAAUCCUUCUAAAUUUCAGCUCACAUGUCAAGCCCAACAAGUCAAACAGAUGCUCCGCCGGGUGAGAGAGUUUCCGACCCGUCGUCGCAAGCAAACAUGGCAUCACGGCAUUCCAUCACGGAAUCCCGGAAUCCCGGAAUCCACGCAUCCAUCAUCUCUCGCCCGGUCUGGGCUUUGACUUGUAAUAUCAUAUAUACAUAAUCCGCAUAAUCUGCAUAUAUAUUAAUAGUUAUACGUGUAUGAACAGCAUUUUUUGAAAGCUAACAAAUAAAUAGACAAAUCGAAAAGACAA